AUGCCCCCGCCCCGGAGACCCCCGGCCCACCUGCUCCUGGUUUGCCUCUUUGCCAGCUUCCAGCAGUGGUUAGCAGCCCCCAAACUGCGCAGGGCUUCCCCGAUGCAGCCGGGCCCCGGAGAUCUCCCUGCCCGGGGCCUGCUGGGAGCAGCCUCUGCCUGGUUUCGAUUCUGUCUCACAGUGCGGCGCAUGGUCUCGCCAGGCACUUUGCUCCUCUGCGGGAUCUCCUUGUGUUCGGGAGAGCGCUGCUGCGAUGGUCAGUGCUGUAGCCUACACCCAGGAGUCCGGGAGGAGACGAACCCGUUCGGACUCAUCUUCAUCCUCACUGGCAUGAUAAUGGGGUUCGUGUGCCUCUUCGCCGCCUGCAAGUGCCUCAAGGCCCGUGCCGCGCUGCACGAGACGGAGGGCGUCCAACCGGCGCAGCCCCAGGUCCCGCCUGCCCCCAGGACGACCCCUCCCGGGCCCCCCUCCCAGCAGCCCCAGGAGGAUCCUCCGCCCUACAGCGAGGUGGCGUCAAAGCCGUUCCUGUACCCGCUCCCUGACAUCCCGCCGCCCUGUUACAGCAACAUCAUCAUGGCAGACCCUCCGGCAACAGGCGUUAACCACCAGACCACGCUCUAGGGGGCACCACAGAGCUCGCCGCCUGCUGGUGUCACCUUGGGGCAGUGGCCAUUAACACCCCCCCACACACACACCGCCAAUCGCUCUCCAACGACUGCCAUGAUAAGCCACCCCCCUGCCAUGGGGGCACCAGCCAGGAAGGGGCAAGGGCACCGUGGCAGGACAUUCCCCCAGCAGGAACCACUCCCCAUGGACUCCGCCCUGUGCU